ACGCAGUGUUGUUCGAUGCCGAUGACAGACCUUAGUGUUGAAUAAUGGUAAGAGUCGUCAUCUUAAACCUAUAACAUUGCCUCUGUUUCAGCAGACGUGCUGCGUUUCGGUUUUUUAAUCAGGUCAAACUGUGUCUGGCUUGCUUGUGUGUUGCUAUUAUUAUGGUAAAAUCUACUUUUUUAGCACUUGGCAGUGGUCUAACGUCCGCAUUCGUCAGCUAGCUAGCAGCUCUUUCAGCAGUUGUCUGAGAGUUUUUGGCUUCAUCUCCCGAGAAUGGGUUUAUACUAUACAAGAAUGGAUUUUCACCUUUAAGCACAUCAUACUUCAUCAUGAUCAUAUGAUUUAUUGUACUGUUUAACAGCUGUUUAACCAACAUGGGAUGACUUGUCUUUGAUUCUCUGGAUGUCAGUAAUUUUUUUUCCCUGAAAUCUUCUGCACAGAGGCAAUAUUUUUUAACUAUACAUGACAUUAUCUAUAAUCUAUCUACAUUCGUUAAGUCAGAUAACCAUGGGCAUCUGUUCGACAGUCAGCAAAGUGUUGCGAAGAGGCAAAUAUUUUUUACUGCUCUUCGUCUCGCUGUCAGUGCUGGUAUGGAUAGCAACCUUUUCUGGGGACACUGUGAAAUCAAUUGUGGUUUCCUCUGCCACAACACAAACUCUUGUCAGAGAAGGUGAUCUGAGGAAUGAACUGAAUUUUGUGACGGCAGCACCUGAUGAUUUAAAUGCCCCAGCACAAAAAGAGGAAUGUCCACAGCAGUCUCCAUUGCUACAGGGAGAAGUGAAACUAUCCUUUGAGUCUUCUCUGAAACUGAGGGAUGUUGAGAGUGACAACAAAGUUGUGAUUAAAGGAGAGUAUGAGCCCUCAGACUGUGCAGCACAGCAAAGCGUAGCGAUCCUCAUCCCACAUCGCAACCGGGAGAGGCAUCUCCUAUACCUCCUGCAUCACCUUCACCCAUUUCUACAGAGGCAGCAACUACACUACGCCAUUUAUGUCAUACAGCAGGCUGGUGAUGUAACUUUUAACCGAGCCAAGUUACUAAAUGUUGGGUAUUUGGAGGCACUAAAGGAUUAUAACUGGGAGUGCUUCAUCUUCCAUGACGUGGACCUGGUUCCUGAAAAUGACCACAAUUUAUAUUUCUGUGACAAGCAGCCCAAGCACUUGGUAGUUGGCCGAAAUGCUACAGGAUACAAGCUGCGUUACAAAGGCUACUUUGGUGGAGUGACUGCCAUGACCAAAGAGCAGUUUUUGAAAGUGAAUGGAUUUUCCAACCAUUACUGGGGUUGGGGUGGGGAAGAUGAUGACCUUCGCAUCAGGGUUGAGCUGCAGAAAAUGGAGAUUGUGCGACCGCCUGCCGAUGUAGCCCGCUACACCAUGGUGUUUCACAAACGCGAUACUGGCAAUCAGAUAAACAAAGACAGAAUGAGGCUGUUGGGACGAACAGCACAAAUGUGGAAAAAGGAUGGACUCAGCAGCUGCUCGUAUAGGCUUUUGUUAGUUGAGAGGUUGCCUCUCUAUGUGAAUGUUACUGUGGACAUUGGUAAACCAGUGAGUUGAAAUCUUAAAUGAAAACCCUUAUGUGACCAAAUAAAUAAUAUAGUUAUAUUUUUAUUAAGUCAAGGCCACUGAGUGCAGAAAAGACAUGUUAAGAAAAAAAAUCUGCAUUGUUUUUCUAUUAAAAUUAAAUUUAGCUGGUAAGUAUGUUUGAAGUUGAGCAAAUACACAUUUGCGUGUCUUGGCUGCUUUUAUUUUCAGUCUGUGGGAAAAAGUUUGUUUUGUUAGACUGUGAUUAAUUGAAAUCUUCCUCACAGCUAUAUUUAUUACCGCUGUGAGAACGUGACUAUUAACGUAGUUUAGUAUUUUUAGUAGUGCAUUCUCUCUUAUGUAUUUGUAUUUUUCCAUCAUUUGCCUUAUAUUUGGCCUAAAUAAGUCCAGUUACCCAGAUUUGUAUGAACAUCUGUUAAUGUCUAAAAAUCAAAUAGAAGUGAUUGAAAUGAAGUAACUUUCUAUACAUAAUGAUCAGUGUUGUGUCUGUGUGACAGCAGGUGAAACUUGUGUGCUGAAAAAUGACAAAACCCUGCCACUGGACACAUCAGUACUAAUACCAGGCGGGGUGAUUUAAUAAUCCUUCAUGUAAUUUUUUUAAAGCAGAUUUUAGCUUGUUGCAGAGGAGUUAAAAGCCCUGUUUCUAUGGUAACAAUGCAAGAGGGAGGGACAGUGAGAUAGAGAGAGGAAGAGGAUCUGAGGGAACGAGAUGGGAUAGUAGUGUGGACCAGAGAGGACAGGUACUGAUGGCCUUAAAAGUAAAAAAAAAAAAAAAAAAAAUUAAAGAAAAAAGGGGGGUUUGAAAAGGACUUGGGAGUUUAUGGGGAGCCAAUGAAGCUGUUGUAGGACAGGUUCAUGUGGUAAGAGGAUGGGGUUUUAGUGAUUAUGCUGGCAGCAGAAAUCUGGAGUAGUUGAAGUUUAUGAAGUGACUUUUGAGGUAGUCUGAAAAGAAGGGAAUUACAGAAGUCGAGGCAGGAGGUAACCAGGACGUGAUAAUGUCCGAAGGUUAAGAUGUGGUGGCAGUGUACACAUCUGCUACAGAUUAUCGUACACACCAUUUUAGUAUUUCUGUCAAAGAUAUGCAGUGCCUUUCUUUACUGAGCUUGAGAAGUUUAACCAUCUUUAGAUCUUAAUUUCCAGAAAAAGAGUUUUGUGAGCCAAAAUUGUUUAUGGGGAAUGCUUUUCUUUUGCUUAACUAUUAUAUGUGAGGAAAUGUGGGUUUGGGAAAAUCUAUAUACUUUAUUUCUGCAUGCUGUUCAGAAAUGCUUUCAAUACACAUAUCAAACUGGUUAAGAUGUUUAUUUUUAGGUACUAUAGCUGUUACUAUGUUUUAAAUAUAUUUGUUAACGUUACUAACUGACCUGACUAAAAUAGUUAGUUUACUUUUCACUCCAUGUUUGUUUGUUUUAUUGAACUAGUGUUCGAGAAUAGCAACAGGCAACUCCAAUCAACUGACUUGUGUGUGUGAGACAGAAGUGUUACAGCUGUUGAGAUAAACUACUUUGUAAAUCUGUAAUUGCUGAUUAUAAGGUGUUGGAGCCCUGAGUGUUUAUCACAUGGCUGCAUGUCUGCUCCAGAAUGAAUGUUUUUCUUUUUUUUUUCUUUUCUUUUAUUACUAAAAGAAAAUUGUUAAAAUUCCUGUCUAUAGGAUUUAGGGGGAUCUAUUACACUAUGACACCAGUCAAAGGUUUUUCUCUAUUUUAUAUGAUUAUGUGGAAUUGGUGAUAUUUGGAUUAAGAUAAUCAGAUUGAAUCUACAUACUACCCAGACCACCAUGUUGGUCUGUUUUUUUACAGAUAAAUGAAACACCUGUUUUAAAGGUGGUCUUUCAUGUUUUAACUAACAUACAGUUUUCUUCUAUGUGUGAAAAGAGAGACUGAAGGAUCCGCAGCUAGUUCAAACUUAAGCUUCACGUAUGUAACUAAAUCGUACACUGAUAAUGACUUUAUGCAUUUUCUUUCUAAUGGGAUUAUUUUCUUAAGGAUCCAUGUAAUAAAUACUAUGAUUUCUUA